CGGCCGACUCGCCCGUGUCCCCCGGCUGGUCCGGGGGGUGCGGGCACCGCCUCGACGGCGGCCCCGCCAGACGCGCGUGCCGGCGAGGCGGACGGCGUCAUGAGGCAACUGCCGUACUUCUGCCGCGGCCAAGUGGUGAGGGGCUUCGGGCGCGGCUCCAAGCAGCUGGGCAUCCCCACAGCUAACUUUCCUGAACAAGUAGUAGAUAAUCUCCCAGCUGAUAUAUCCACUGGCAUUUAUUAUGGUUGGGCCAGUGUUGGAAGUGGAGAUGUCCAUAAGAUGGUGGUGAGCAUAGGAUGGAACCCAUACUACAAGAAUACGAAGAAGUCCAUGGAGACUCAUAUCAUACAUACCUUCAAAGAGGACUUCUAUGGGGAAAUCCUCAAUGUGGCCAUCGUUGGCUACCUCAGACCAGAAAAGAACUUUGAUUCUUUAGAAGCACUUAUCUCAGCAAUUCAAGGUGAUAUUGAGGAAGCUAAGAAACGACUGGAUUUACCAGAACAUUUGAAAGUCAAAGACAACAGUUUCUUCCAGGGUCCUAAAAGCAAAAUAAUGAAUGGCCACUGAUGAAAAAUUAUCUUAUUUAUUCAUUCACUGUUUUCUAGUAUUUUACUGCUCAUAACUGUGCAAUCUCAUGUUAGUUCUAUUUUAAAAAUCAGACAUUUUCCUAGACCUGUGGAUUAGUUUAAACAGUACAGUGUAGUUACCAUAUUAUGCUUCAACUGUUCAAUUAAACCCAUCAUGCUACAGUGCUAAAAAGAUUCAUUUUAAAAAUCAAGAUUUUUUUUAAUGUAAUAUAUUGAUUAAAAUAUAUCACUAGAAAGGUCUUAAGUGUCUUACAAUGGAAAUGAAAUGUAUAUAAUUGUGGGUAAAAAGGCAAGUCACUAGUUUGAGACAAGUACGAUAAUUCUUAUGGUAAAAGACUAGCGUGUCUGUACUUGUAUGGUGUGUGCUGCUCAACAGAGAAGGUUGUAAGUGUCACUGGAUUAAACAGGUUUGAUAGUUUAUGAUAAACCUCAGAGGGAAAAUCAAGACUUUGUAUUUGUGAUAUUUUGUGCAUUACUAUAUUAUUACAGACAUGAAGACUUCGAAAUUUCAUUUUAAUUAGUCAUUUCCUUAAUGGGGUCAGAUCAUUAUUCUGUGUUCCAUUUUUGUUACAGCCGCCUCAGUUCUAAUUGGUCUAGACUCCCUCUCCCUUCAUUUUUUUGUCUUUUAAAGCAGUAAAAUGAGUGUUUUUUAAAUCUCUGGGUCUCAUUGUAUAACACUUCUGUAUUCUUUUAAGAGUAGAUAUACUUCAACAUUUUUCUUGACUUUGGUUCUUUUUUCCUUUAAACAAUUGUCAGUGUCAGUUUUUUUUCUGUUUAGAAUAGCCUACAACUGUACACUUACAAAAGAUUGUAUCUGUAUCUACCAUUCCAUCCCUACACUAUAUGAACAGUGAUUAAGUGCAGAUAUCUAUUGCAUUUUAGAAAAAACCCAAAAACUUCAUCUUUAGGGUUCCUCAAAGAUUAAAUGAACACAUAGCAGUUCAUUUAAGUAUACCAGUUUCUUAGAGAACACAAAAUACUUGUUUCCCCCAGGGAAACUAUUUAAGAUCCAGUUAAACUAUGAAGUAGAAAGUUGUUUAUUUUUAAUGUCAUCAUUGUUCCUGAGCAAAUGUAAACUGUUGAGCUGUGUACGCACAAUGUAAUUUAAUGCUAAAGAGCGCUUGUAGCUGGGAGGAAAGGCAUAAAUAAUAAAGUUUUAGUUAAAUAAUCUUCAUACUAUGCACUUUUUCCUCCUACAGACUACUAAGAAGUGAUUUUUGGCCACUUGAGACUUUUGUUUAUAUGGGCAGAAAGUUGAAAUGUUUGGGUAUUUAGGAAAUUAGGAUUACGAUUGUGUGGGCCCCCUGAAACAGUACAUUGCAUUAUUGUUUACUUUAGUGCCAGAUUUGAUGGCAGGAUACAGGGGCAGAAAUAUGUAGGAGGUAAUUUGAAAGAUAAACUUAUUAUAAGUCAUUUUUCCCUAGUCUGCAUAAAUGAAUUAGUUGAUUUUUAACAAAAAUAUAAAGUAUUUAGAAAAACAUCUAAAGCUCAUGUUGGAGAAGGGGGAAACAUGGGUAAAUUGAGUUAGAUGGUUUUACUUUUUGGUGUAUGAAUUUAUGGCAAACAAUGUAGUAUGAGUCUUUUUCAUUUCUUUAUAAAAAUACUUCAAAAAUGUAAUUUAAUGUUAGAAAUCCUAUACUUGAAAGAAACCUCAGUUAUUAGUGGCUUUAUGAAACAAAGUUAAAAACAAACAUGGAAAGUAAAAA